GGCGUGACCGACACAGCGGAGGCGCGUUCACGUGGUCGCCACCGGCCCCUGCGCUGCCUGGAGAAAGAGAGGAGGGAAGCAGUCAUCAAAAAAAAAAUAGAAAAAGAAAAGAAAAAGAAAAACAUUGGCCCACAUAUCACAGGAGCGACGGGUUGAACCCACUCAGCUUCAUUUAUAAAACAACAACAGAGGAGAGAGGAGGCUGCGCGCCCCGGAGAGAGACGUGACUCCAUCCGCGCGCGGUGGCAACGGAGCGCACACUCUCGGGGGUUUAUUUUUCCGUGUCGGUCACCCGGUGCUCCACACACGCACACACACACACACACACACGCACACACCCUGCACCUGUGAGGAGGAGACGGGGACCAGAGAGGAGGCUGUGCAGAGAGGAGGAGGACCAUGGAGGGGAUGCAGGCGUACGGAGCCGGGAAAGCCGGAGGAGCCUUCGACCCCGUCACCUUCCUCCAGCAGCCUCAGACCGUCCUCCGCAUAGUGUCUUGGCUCUUCUCCAUCGUGAUCUUCGGCUGCAUCGCCAACGAGGGCUACAUCAACCGCCCCAACGAAGUGGUGGAGUACUGCAUCUUCAACCGCAACCAGAACGCCUGUAAUUAUGGCGUCUUCAUGGGGUCCAUGGCCUUUCUCUGCUGCAUGGCCUUCCUGGCUCUGGACAUCUACUUCCCCCAGAUCAGCAGCGUCAAAGACCGCAAGAAGGCGGUGCUGGCCGAUAUCGGGGUUUCAGCAUUCUGGUCCUUCAUGUGGUUUGUGGGCUUCUGUUUCUUGGCCAACCAGUGGCAGGUGACCAAGCAGGAUGACAACCCCCUGAGGGAGGGAGGGGAUGCAGCCCGGGCAGCCAUCACCUUCGCCUUCUUCUCCAUCUUCACCUGGGCGGGCCAGUCCUUCCUGGCCUUCCAGAGAUACAAGCUCGGGGCCGACUCGGCGCUCUUCUCCCAGGAGUACACGGACCCCAGCCAGGAUGCGGCCGGCGCCCCCUACACCUCAUUCGGAGGCGACGACUUGGAGAGCCCUUCAGGAGGAGGAGUAGGAGGAGGAGGAGGAGGGGGCCAGGCAAACAGCGACGGCGCCUUUGACGGCAACGGGGGCUACCAGCGCCAAGACUACUGAGACACCGAGAGGAAGACACACGUUAGGAAGGUUGCCUCGACAUUUCUCGUUUAUAGAGGGUAUGCGUGUGACGUCGCAGCAAGCGAAGUCUCCAUGGUUAUGGCCACUGAGUGACAAAAACUGGCAGUUGAACAUGGAGGUUAGCAGCAUUAGUUUGAAUCACAGGCUUUAAUAGAGUCUAAAUUGUAAAAUUUGUUUUUAAAAUGGGGAAGAGCUGUUGUGUGAUUGACUGAACCAACAGAUUUGAAAAGCAGUCAGAGAUAUAUUUUUACAGAUAUAUAUAUCUCAGACUGCAAAAAAACAGAAGUAAAUGGGUCACUGCAUUAGAAGAAACAACUGGACUCCUGGUGUUUUGGUUAAAUUUUAGUGUCAGGUAAUAUUAAUUCAUUCUGUGUUUUUUGAUGAAGUCAAACCUUAAGUUACUUCUUAGGUUAGGUUCUGGAGGGCUGUCAGAUAAGUUUGUGGAUGUUGUUGUUUCGUCGUAGCUACGGACGACAGUAACUAUUUCAGUUCCAACAAUAAAUAACAAUAAAACAGUAAACGGAAUAUUUGUGAUCGCUCCUCGUCAUCUUUUAUUGAGCUUCAUUUAUCAUUAACUAACCUAAACUAACUUAAACUAACUGAAACUGAGGCUAAUCCACUUUUCCAAAUCCACACUAGUUCGUAUGGAUCAUUGUUGAGUCCAGUUGUUUUUAAUUUGAUCCGAUCAUCCACAUUUUCCCAGCUCUCACUGUAUUUACUGAUACAUUUCACUGUUUUUGCCACUUGGGGGCGGAAGUGACGUCAGUGCAUACCCUCUAUAAUGACGUUCUGAGCGGCUGGUUUGACUUUAGCCACGACCACAGGGGCAGCUUUGACCCAGAGUAAAAAAAAAAAAAAAAAACGUCACGAAUUUAUUGUUACAUGUACAAAACAGUCACAGUGUGCAUGUGACAACGACAAAAUGACAACAUUACAAAUGCAAAGGCAAAAUGACGAAGAAUACAUUAUUAAUCUGUGACAGAGAUGAUCUGUCAAGAAGUUUACAAUUUGAUUAAAUACGGUCAUUUAAAUGAGAACACGGGGUGAGAAUGACACAUCAACCUGCACGUUUUCACCCGUGAGUGGUGGAUAAAGUCAAACCGGUAAUUUAAGGAAAAGCGUGUGGUCGUGAGCCGCACUGGGACACGCUGGGGUCGAUGCAAGGUGUUGGGCAGGACUGUGGGAGGGGGGUUUGGGGGAGGUGGGUGGGGUGUCGGGGUGUGGGGGGGGACGGGGAGGAUAACGAGCAGGUCAAGGAGCUAAAUGGUCGCCCUGCCGCAGAUCAAUGCUGGUGAGCAAAUUGCCUUCAUCUUCUGAGGUCUGCUGUCAGUCAGCAAACCGAGUUCGAUCAGUGUGUUAGCUGGAACGAUUUCAGACGCACACACACACACACACACACACACACACACACAGAAAACAGAGACAGGUUCACAGCAUAUCGAUUUUUAAAAAAAGAUACAAGUUUCUGCUGACAAAACUCCACGUGGUGCAUUAGAGGACAUCAGCAUAGACGAACAUCUGGCAACUAAUCCCCUCAACACGAGUGCGUUUGUGUUUGCACUGAAAGGUCCUUUUUUUAAUUUUAUUAUUAUUAUUAUUAUCUUUCUUUCUCGAUGAGUGUUUUCUCGUUUUCCUAAAGAGCUUUUUCUUUCUAUUAAUCGUUGCCUUAGUGCUGACUGCCAAGUUAAAUCCAACACAGGACGACUUUAAGCCCGACAUCAUCACACUACCGAUUCAGCAUGUUUGACGCAAAAGCUUCCCCUAAUGGGAGUUUGUGUUGCCUUUUUAAACGUGUGGUAAAACAUCGGAACACAUUAGCUUUCGUCAUAGAGCAUCCCAGGUGACACAGAAGUUUGUUUCCUAUCAGCAGAUCUGCAGAAAAAAAAAAAGAAAAGAAGGAUUUGUCCGUUUGGUAUCAUCUGUUUCACUCCAGUCAAUCUGCAACCACGGCAACCAUGAGCAUCCUGAGUAAUUAUGAAAAUGCAUUGUUCCACUUUCUUAAAGAAUAAAGUAUAUCUAUCUCUCUAUAAAUAUAUGUAAAUCUAUAAUUCAGUAUAUUACAGUGUUUGAAAAAAAUAAAAAAAUAAACAGAUUAUGCUUUAUUUUAGGGCAUUAUGCUAGUUCUAUAUAAAAAAAGAAAAGAUAAAAGACGACCUACGGUUCCUUUGAGUGUUAUUGUGACAACUAUAUGGUGGGGUCAUCCAUGCCUCAUCCCUUAUGUUGCUUUCACGGUAAGGAGAUGUUUUUAUUUUGGUAUAACAAUAUUAACUAUUAAAAAAAAAUGUGGCAACAAAAUAAAUAAGUUGAAAAAAAAAAAAAAAAAUAUGACCAAAUGAUCAAAGUAUAUAUGGACGUAUAUACUUUACACUACUGUACAUCCGUGUAGACGUAGAAAUGUGUGACGUUUGCUCUGUGAAAUCCGUUAAACAAAAUAAAGCAAGGUAAGAUUCAAGACUGUGUACAAAUGUAUGUUUUUGAUGUGUUCGAUUUUAACCAAUAAAAAUGAAAUGCUGAUAAAG